AUGGAAUACGCAAGUGUUCAGAAGACAUAUUUAAUAGGUGGUUGGAAGAACAAUCAAUAUAAAAAACUGCGUGAUCAAAUUGAUUCAUUGUGUAGCAAUCCAUCAUCAGUGAUGGAUUACAAAUAUGCAUCAUCUUGCAGUUUUUAUUCGUUUAUUGAUUCCAUUAAAUUAAAUCUUAAUACAUUUAAUCUACCUCAAAAGUCACCAGAUGAUCGAGUAAAAAACGAUGAUGAUGACGAUCCGAAUGAUUAUAUAAUGGAUUGUACAAUUAUCUUUGGUCGAUCAUCGGAUAGCGUUUUGGUAAUUUACCAGUAUGACGGUAGAGAACAUGAAAUGAAUUCUGACAAGCACCAGUCAUUAUUAUUAGGCACAUAUGUUAUCAAUGUCCUAUCACAUGAUAUAAAAGCAUAUUUAUUUGAUGAAGCUGUGAAACAAAUGAUUGAUAAUGUGAACAGUACUUCUAAUGUAUUAAGAUGGGCCAAUGAUCAUUCAAUGGAAAAAUUCCAGCGUUUGUUAUUGCGAGUGAAACCAACACCUAUUCUCAAGGAUGAUGAUUAG